CGUUUCAAAAUUUAAGGCAGCAAUCAUUUCUUGAACACAUUAUCUGCAUUUGGAAUGUUCUUGCCCCUCUGCAUCUGAUUCUUUAUACAGCCAUGGAGAUAUCUUUUCCUAAUUGCAUUCAUGUUGUGCUGAUGAGGAUAAUACCUAUAUUUCUACUGCAACUGGCUUGGAAUUUGGUUUUUAGUCAGCUUACAUAUAUCAUUCCUGAGGAAUCCAAACAUGGAACCUUUGUUGGAAGGCUUGCCCAGGAUCUUGGCUUGCCAAUUGGUGAGAUUAAUUCCAGAAUGCUCCGAAUUGUCUCCAGAGAUGAGAAGGAACAUUUCCAGGUAAAUCUGCAAAAUGGAAUCUUGUUUGUAAAUAAAAUGAUAGACAGGGAAGAAAUGUGUCCAAAAAUCGCUGUUUGUGUAAUACAUCUUGAAAUAAUAGUUGAUAAGCCUGUACAAAUUUAUCAUGUUGAUGUAGAAAUUGAUGAUAUCAAUGACAAUCACCCUGUAUUUUCUGCAAAAGAAUUCAAUAUUGUCAUAGCUGAAUCAAGAGUGCCUGGUUAUAGAUUACCACUGGAGGGCGCAAUAGAUGCUGAUGUUGGUACAAAUUCUGUGAUGGGUUAUGAGCUCAGUUCAAAUGGAUAUUUUGGCAUUGAAAUACAAAAGGAUAAACACCAGAGUGAAUUAAUUGAACUUGUGUUAAAGAAGUCUCUAGACAGGGAAAAAGAACCUUGUUAUAAUUUGACUCUUACUGCAUUUGAUGGGGGUAAACCAAGACUGAGCGCCACAACCCAAUUGCUAAUUAAAGUGCAAGAUGUUAAUGAUAAUGCUCCAAUCUUUGAUCAGCUGACGUAUGAGGUGAGCUUGUUGGAAAAUGCACCAAAGGGAACUAUGAUCGUUCAGCUGAUGGCAACAGAUUUGGAUCAAGAAGAAAAUGGAGAGGUGAUCUAUGAGUUUAGCAGUCAGGUCUCACCACUGGAGAGGUCAACCUUUAAUAUAGACCGCAAAACUGGUGAAAUCACAUUAAUUGGCGAUGUUGAUUUUGAAAUAAAUAAUCAAUACGAAAUACGAGUUGAGGCUACUGAUCUGGGCCCAUAUCCUCUAUCUGGACACUGCAAAAUUUUGGUCAUUAUCAUAGAUGUCAAUGACAACCCACCAGAAAUGACAGUGACAUCCCUCUCAGUGCCCGUUCCUGAAGAUUCACCAGUGGGGACCACAGUAGCGAUCAUCAGAAUACAAGAUAAGGAUUCAGGCGCCAAUGGGAAAGUGACCUGCUACAUAAACGGAGAGGUACCUUUCAAGUUAAACCCAACUCUAAGGGAAUAUUAUGCCUUGACAGUAGAUGGACCUUUAGAUCGUGAAUUUGUCCCUCUUUAUGGUGCUGAAAUUAUUGCAAAGGAUAGCGGUUCCCCAGCACUUUCUGUUAGUCAAAUGAUUAAAAUAGAAGUAAGUGACGUUAAUGACAAUCCACCUUCUUUUGGACAACUUUCAGUUACUAUUUUUGUUUCAGAAAACAAUCCACCGGGCUCUCACAUUUAUACAGUAUCAGCCACUGAUUCAGAUAUCAGUCACAAUUCCUUUGUUACCUAUUCACUGAUGGAAAGUGUCAUUGAAGGCAUCCCCGUUUCUUCCUAUCUUUCAGUCCAUCCUGAGAGUGGUAAGAUCUUUGCUUUGCUCUCCUUUGAUCAUGAGCUGAUUCAUUUCUUUCAGUGCAACGUAAAAGCAUCUGAUGCAGGAUUACCGCCACUUAGCGGAAAUUUAACAGUAAAUGUUUUCAUAGUUGAUGUAAAUGACAACGCGCCAACACUUUUCCCACCAUUUUCUAAUUUUGAAUCUAUAGUUACAGAAAUGGUACCCAGAUCAGCCAAAACAGGACACCCAGUCACCAAAAUCAGGGCAAUUGAUGCUGAUUCUGGAUACAAUGCAUUCCUUGCCUAUAGUUUGAAAGACCCAUUAGAAAAAACUCUAUUUAGCAUUGGACAACAUACUGGAGAAAUAACAAUUUCUCGUCCAAUCUUUGAGUCUGAUCGUAAUGAAUACAAACUUUAUAUUUUGGUAAAGGACCAUGGAGAUCCAGUGAUGUCUACUACGGUGACUGUCAUUAUUGUGUUAGUGGAAACCAUACAAGAUAUUACACUUGAGCAAAACCAAAAAGGAACUGAUUACAAGGAAGGAUCCAAUGCAAAUAUCUAUCUAAUCAUGGCAAUCUGCGUGAUGUCAGUUAUUUUUCUUUUAACCCUUAUUGUGUACACAGCGAUACGAUGGCACCAAUAUUCUAUGGAAUUAAGGGAAUUAAAACAAAGCAACCUUGGGUCCAGUAUAGCUGGAAGUUGGACCUAUUCAAUGCAACGCCAUUAUAGAUUAUGGCUAAAUGGAAUUUCAGCCAAAAAUGAUUUAAUUGUGUUCAGCCCAAAUGUCUCCCAGCCACCAGCAAAUGAUAAUCUUCCUAAUCACGGAUAUGGAACAAAUUCAUCAAUACAGUUGGAAUGGUAA